CUCAAUUCGAACAAUUGCCAUUUCCACUCCCAAAUCCCUAAUUUCACCUCUAAUUUUUUUCCAAAAGAAAAGCAAAAGGCUAAACCCCUGAUCCAAAAUAGUUAAACCCUGGUUCAAGACUUUUGCUUCGGCGGGAGAAGAGAACCCAUAGAAGUUUGAGGUAAGUGUUUCCGGGAGAAGAAAAUGGCGUUCGCAAACUCGGAGUUCAAAUUAUUUUCGGCAGGGUCUGGGUUUUCCGGCAAUCCUUCAUCUGAGGCCCCUCGUCGUCCCCCACCCCCGCCAGUCGAAGUGCUUGCUUCUGAGGUUUCCUCGACUGUGAAGUGCUUGCUAGAGCCUGUGAACUUGGAUGGCCUCACCUUGCUCAAGGGCCGGGUGAGUACUGAAGAGGUUCUGGGAGUUCCUGACUCUGAUUUAGUUGCUGGCGUAUAUGAAGGGGGACUGAAACUUUGGGAGGGUUCGCUUGACCUUGUUAAAGCUAUCCGGUCCGAGAUUCAUAAAGGAGAAGUGUCAUUUAGAGGGAAGAAAGUAUUAGAGCUUGGAUGCGGUCAUGGACUUCCUGGGAUUUUCGCCUGCUUAGAGGGUGCAGCAGCUGUCCACUUCCAGGAUUUCAAUGCUGAGGUCCUGCGGUGUCUCACUAUUCCAAAUGCAAAUGCCAAUCUUUCACAAACUUCACAAUCUACAGCAUCCAAGGACACCACCCUGAUUGUUGAAACGGAAGUAAAAUACUUUGCUGGUGACUGGAGCCAAGUCCAUCAGUGUCUUCCUCAUGUAUACAGCGAUGGAAAGGACGCAGACAGUAGCUUAAGGCAGAAUCCAGUUUAUGACUAUGACAUAAUACUAAUGGCCGAGACAAUUUAUGCGAUCUCGGCUCAACAAAGUCUCUAUGAACUCAUAAAGAAGUGUGUGAAACGUCCUGGCGGAGUUACAUACAUGGCAGCCAAAAAGCAUUAUUUCGGAGUUGGUGGUGGAACCCGCCAGUUUCUGUCUAUGGUGAAGAAAGAUGGUGUCAUGGAUGCAACCCUAGUUGCGGAAGUUGCAGAUGGCUCUUCGAAUGUCCGAGAAGUUUGGAAGCUGUCUAUGAAGAGUGACUCGAAGUCUUGACGUAGUUAGCUUCGUAAGUCGUCAGUAUUAUC